AGAAGAACGGUAAUGAAGCCUCGAAUGGCCAAUACUAGGUACAAUUAUGACGAAUCAGUAGUGCGUUGAAAAUUGACCCAUACGUCUGAGACCCCGUUUUAAUCCACCCAUCACUACUUUUAUCAAUUGUGUCAAAAGGUAAAUAAGGAUAAACAGUCUCGGAAUGUUCACGGAUAUGGACUAUGAGUUGGAGGAAGACAAACUGGGGAUCCCGACUGUCCCUGGGACUGUGUCCCUGAAGAAGGAUGCGCAGAACCUGAUAGGGAUUUCUAUCGGGGGUGGGGCGCAGUACUGCCCCUGUCUCUACAUUGUACAGGUCUUUGACAACACCCCUGCAGCGCUAGAGGGAACUUUGGCGGCUGGUGACGAAAUCACAGGAGUGAACGGCAAACCUGUGAAGGGGAAGACAAAGGUGGAGGUGGCGAAGAUGAUUCAGGCUGUCAAGGGUGAAGCUACAAUCCAUUACAACAAGCUGCAGGCUGACCCUAAACAGGGAAAGUCGUUGGACAUAGUGCUGAAGAAGGUGAAGCACCGGCUGGUGGAGAACAUGAGCUCUGGUACCGCAGAUGCCCUGGGACUCAGCCGAGCCAUUCUCUGCAAUGAUGGGCUGGUGAAGAGACUGGAGGAGUUGGAGAAAACCGCAGAGCUGUACAAAGGGCUGAUGGAGCACACCAAGAGACUUCUCCGAGCCUUUUUUGAACUCUCUCAGACUCACAGAGCAUUCGGUGAUGUCUUCUCCGUUAUCGGAGUACGGGAGCCUCAGGCCGCGGCUAGCGAGGCCUUUGUGAAGUUUGCUGAGGCACAUCGCAACAUGGAGAAAUAUGGCAUCCGGCUGCUGAAGACCAUCAAGCCAAUGCUCCAUGACCUGAAUACCUACCUUCAUAAGGCUAUACCAGACACCAAACUCACCAUCCGCAAAUAUCUGGAUGUCAAGUUUGAAUACUUGUCUUAUUGUCUGAAAGUGAAGGAGAUGGAUGAUGAAGAGUACAGCUGCAUUGCAAUGGGAGAGCCCAUGUAUCGUGUCAGCACCGGCAACUACGAAUACCGACUUGUGCUGCGGUGUCGUCAGGAAGCACGUGCUCGGUUUGCUAAGAUGAGGAAGGACGUGCUGGAGAAGAUUGAGCUAUUGGACCAGAAACAUGUCCAGGACAUUGUGUUCCAGCUGCAGAGGUUUGUGUCGGGCAUGUCCCGCUACUACGACGAGUGCUACGCUGUGCUGAAGGAGGCUGACGUCUUCCCCAUCGAGGUGGACCUCUCCCGCACCAUGAUCAACUACGGCAGCCAGUCCCACUCCUACACGGAGGAGGAGGAGGAGGAGGACGAUGAAGAGGAGGGGGGGGGCGGAGGAGGGAUUGGUGAGGGGGGGGAGGGGGUUGCAGAGAACGGUGCCGAGAAACUGAUUGACGAUUAUUGAGCGUUCAUUGUCCUCCGUAGCGUCAGUCCGCCUUCUAUCAGCUGCCAAUCACUCUUCACUUGUUUAGCUGGGAUUGGAAGUUACAUGUGGGGCAACAGAAUCAUCACACUGAAGAACACUACCAUUAAUUGCUGCUGCUAUUUGACUGCGCCCGGAAGUUACUAUUGUAACCUUAUGUAAACAUUGAUGUUUCCACAUCCGACAGCCGUCACUGUAACUAACUUGGUGGGUCUUGAAACUGUUUAUUCAGCAGCUCAAUUUGUUUACAACUCCUACCCCUUCUCAAUUUUACAGUACCCAAUUCAUGAGUUGAGGCCCUGUUUCAUUCCAGCGACUCAGACUUGAGAUAGUCGAUGUUGGCGUAUGUCUUCCGAACCACAUCUUAUCCAUGUUCUUGGUUGUUACCAUGCUGCUGGCUCAACCUGGAAGUCUAGACCAGAAUCCUUACACGCGGGAAGGAAGGCAGUCUCUCUCAGGGGCUACCAGGGGUUUGUAGUGUGCAAUGAGACAAGGCAACCAUAUUAAACGACUAACCCACCACACCACGGCCUCUGUUUACCAGUGGCAAGGCCCCUUCGCAGUGCUAAUCCGGGCAAAUCUGUAAAACAAGUGCAGGUUAAAUUAUAUUCCCUACCAAAUAUCAGAUUAGUGGCUGUUAUGUUCUCAGUGUUUCUAUCAUUGCUGAGUAAUUGCAGCAUAGCAUUGUAUGGAAUCGAUGCCGUGUGUUUUUGUUUUAAGUUUGUUGAAAGUGCUGAUGCUAUGUUGAAUGAGUAUAAAUGCAGUGCCUUUGGUUUUAUUUUAAUCCUAUAUGGGUGGUCUGGUCUGGUCUAAUAUCAACGAGAGACCAAUCUGGGGUCUAGAGUAGAUAAAUGCUGUUUCCAAAUUGGAGUUAGUAAUAAUUUUAGGAGUGCUUGCGCUCAGGAGAGGUGAUUAAACAGGCUGGCCACAACUAAAGUCAGACUUAUUUUUUUACCGAGUAAAGCUUAUCAGUCCCACUCAAUUGUACUUUUGCACUUAACCAUAUUACAUUCCGACUGGCUAGCCAAACGUUGGGGAGAUUACUUAGGUGAUCAUGGCUAAGUUUAACCCAAACUACUAUAAACACAAGGGAAAAGUAUUUCAGAGCUUCUUACAAAUUGAUUUUUUCUGUUAAGCCCUUCCCUGGCUUGCUGCUCAGCACUGGACUGUGUGCCCCACUCUACAAGUACCAUAAUUGUAAAAUACUCAUCAAAAUUGAAUUUAUUAAUGGGUAUAUUUUUCAACUACAAGAACUCUAUUGAUUUCAUAUUGAAGCUUUUCUCUGGUUCCGUUGCUUCUCCAGCUCCAUUCCACAAACCAAGUGAAUCUUGGUUUUUGUUUAUUUCAAAUCAUUUUUCUUUUGCCCUGUGCUUUAUGUUUUGGUCUUGUGCAUGUGCCUUUAGUCAUGAGCAAACUCCUUUUGAUUGCCAUACAGAGCGACCUGCAUUCUGUCUGAAGAAACUGUAUACAUAUUUUCUGUUAUUUUCCUCUGCUUUCUGUAUAUGUGUUUAUAUACAGUGCUGUUAAAAGUCUUUGCCCCUUUCAUAUUAAUCAAUAUUGGCGUAUUGACACUGAAUGUUAUUAGAUGUUUAACCAAGUGAUCAGCGACACUGGACAAUUAAGGGUUUAAAAGCAUUUGGUCCACCAAA